UUCAUGGAACAAAAUUAACUAGAUUUAUCUUUUAAUAAGUAUGCAUUUGAGAAUCUUCUCUGGGCAUUAAUAGCACUUCAAUACUUUCAGCGGACCAUCCUAAAAGACAGUAUGUAGCCAUUUCAUAUUUCCUUAUUACUUAGAAUGAGCACACUUGGCCAGCUUAAUCUAUGCUGACUUUCAGAGCAUUCUCCCAUUUAUUUCCCUGUAACCUUUUAGCUCUUGCAUAAACCCCUGACUCUCCUGCUAUCCACCUUUACUCGAAGAAAUUUACUCUGGUCAGUUAACCUAACAGCAUGAUUUUGGGGUAUGGGAAGAGACUGGAACAUUCAAAGGAAACCCAACUCAUCAUUGGGAAAUCUUGCAAACUCCACACAGACAGUGACCAAGCUCAUAAAUUUUGACCUAGACCCAAAUGUUAAUUCAUACUGAGAUGUGUGAUUCUGAAUGUCACAAACCACUGAGAGUUAAAUUGAAUCUCUUUUUAGAUUUUUUGAAAAUAAGGAUUCAUUGGAUGUACUUUAGUUAGCAUGGUGUUGAUUUGAAGUGUAGUUAUUUCUUUAUUUCUGAGCACACAGACCCUGAAAGGAAAGGCUCCUUUUGGCAGUUUAGAACUUUGUAUGGAUUUCAGUUCCUUAGUUUUAAGAAAAAGAUAGUAAAACUGAGUUAACAUGGAGCGUGGAUGCAAUCAACAGUCAGAAUUCAUACUGACAGCAUUUAUUGUUGAUUUUGCUUUACAGAGUUAGUAACUGUCAGGUAACAUGAGAACAACACACAAAAUGCUGGAGGAACUCAGCCGACCAGGCAGCAUCUAUGGAAAAGAAUACAGUCAACGUUUCAGACUGAGACCCUUCAGCAGGACUCAAGAAAAAAACAUGAGUAGAUGUAAAAGGUCUCCAAGUACUUCAAAUUUUUCAACAUUGCAAAAGGUUUCCCCUUCAUCUCUGUCAAAUAAUUAUAGCAAUUUCAACAACAGAAAUGUGAAAAAUUCAAACUACUGUAUUCCCCCAUAUUCUGGCUAUAACAGCUACGAUUAUCUAGAACCAGGAAGACACAGUGAACAAGCUGGUCUCUGUGGCCUCAGUAAUUUGGGUAACACGUGCUUUAUGAACUCAGCAGUUCAGUGUCUAAGUAAUACUCCACCACUGACAGAAUACUUUGUGUCCGAUGAGUAUGUGGAUGAAUUAAAUCAUGAUAACCUACUGGGAAUGAAAGGAGAGAUAGCCAACGCUUAUGCAGAUCUCAUCAAGCAGAUGUGGUCAGGCAAAUAUAGCUAUGUUACACCAAGGGCAUUUAAGACUCAAGUGGGUCGAUUUGCUCCUCAGUUUUCUGGCUACCAGCAACAGGAUUCUCAAGAACUGCUUGCCUUUCUUCUUGAUGGUUUACACGAAGAUUUGAAUAGGAUUAGAAAAAAGCCAUAUAUUCAACUGAAAGAUGCAGAAGGAAGGCCUGAUGAGGUGGUUGCUAAGGAGGCAUGGGAAAACCACAGAAAACGAAACGAUUCCAUCAUUGUAGAUAUUUUCCAUGGUCUUUUUAAAUCUACGCUCGUUUGCCCUGAAUGUUCAAAAGUUUCAGUGACAUUCGACCCAUUUUGUUACUUAACGCUUCCUUUACCCUUAAAAAAGGAGCGCACCUUGGAGGUUUUCCUUGUUGGAAAUGAUCCACUCAGCAAACCUAUGCAGUAUAAAGUAGUUGUUCCAAAAAUCGGCAUAAUUUCAGAUCUGUGUGCUGCACUCUCUACUCUUUCCCAUGUCCCUGCAGACAAGAUGGUUGUCACGGAUAUAUACAACCACCGGUUUCACAGAAUAUUUUCCAUGGAUGAAAACCUGAGAAGCAUCAUGGAACGAGAUGAUAUCUUUGUUUUUGAAGUGAGUUGCGGUAGGACGGAUGACACGGACACAGUUGUAAUUCCAGUGUAUCUACGGGAAAAAUAUCGGCAGUCGAGCUAUGGCCACCACAGCAACACCUGCUUAUUUGGCCAACCUUUUAUGAUAUCUGUGCCUAGAAGCAUAACAGAGGAGAAGCUUUACAACCUGUUACUUAUGAAAAUGUGCCGGUACAUUAGAACAUAUAAUGAAAACGAAGAUGAGGAAGGAACCCUUCAUUUUUCCAAAGACCUUGGUAUCAAUGGGAACGGGCAAAAUGGUGUUCACGAGGAAGGAUCUCCAAGUGAAAUGGAGACAGAUGAGCAGGAUGAUGAGUCCAGUCAAGAUCAAGAACUUCCUUCUGAAAAUGAAAACAGCCAGUCAGAGGACUCCGCUGGGGGAGACAACGAGGACUCUGAAAAUGGCAUUUGCACUGAUGAUACUUGUAAAGGGCAGAUAUUUCAGGGACACAACAAACAGCUCUUUACAUUCCAGUUCAAUAAUUUGGGGAAUCCAGAUAUCAAUUAUGUCAAGGAUGACAGGCAUAUCCGAUUUGAAGAUAGCAGGCAGAUCAGGCUCGAUGAGCGAACAUAUCUGGCAUUAGACUGGGAUCCUGAAGUACGAAAGCGAUGGUUUGAUGACAGUGCAGCAGAGGAAUUUGAGAAACAUGAAAGCAUGGAAUAUAGGCCUCAGAAAAAAAUGUUUGUUAAAUUAAAAGACUGCAUUGAACUUUUUACAACGAAAGAAAAACUUGGUGCAGAGGACCUCUGGUACUGUCCAAACUGCAAGCAACAUCAGCAAGCCACCAAAAAAUUAGACCUGUGGUCAUUACCUCCUGUGUUAGUGGUCCAUUUGAAGCGAUUUUCCUAUUGUCGAUACUGGCGAGAUAAGCUGGACACUCUUGUUGAUUUUCCUAUUAGUGAUUUAGAUAUGUCUGAAUUUCUUAUCAAUCCAAAUGCUGGCCGCUGUGAAUAUAAUUUGAUUGCUGUGUCUAAUCACUAUGGUGGAAUGGGUGGAGGGCAUUACACAGCCUUCGCCAAGAACAAAGAUGACAACAAGUGGUACUAUUUUGAUGAUACCAGUGUUUCAUCUGCAACAGAAGAUCAAAUAGUAUCCAAAGCAGCUUACGUGCUUUUCUACCAGAGACAAGACACGAUCAGUGGCACGGGCUAUUUUGCACAUGACCACAGUGCCAAGAAGGAAGGUGCUGCUGCUUUAGGCCUCGUUCAGGACAGCGACGAGGACUGUAAUGAGAACGACGUAGAGAAUGAAAGCUGCAUGCACACAAACUGACCUGUACCAUUGCCAUGUAAAAACUCUCCAAUGCAGACUUCUGCACAAACUCUUAAAAAGAUAGAAGCAAGCCACAAAUUAGGAGUGAGACGUCAACUGGGGAAGAGGUGCUGCAUCAGUCUGAGCAAGAAGCCAUUUGGAUUCUGUGUCAAAAUAGACUUAAGGUGAAUUACUUGAAGCUGACAAUGUGUUAGAAAUGCAAGUAGAAGCUAACUGCAAUAUAAGAUCCAUGAAAUCUGUUUGUCUUACUGAUGUAUGCAGGUUCUUCACACUAAAUAUAUGCAGAAAUAUUUAAGUGGUUCCUGUUUUCACUCUUCUAUAGUUUUUGAAAAUAUACUGGCUAAUGUUUUCCCAAAAAUGCCAUUUUUAAGUUAGUUUUGUGUCUGUGUGCUAAAGUGUGCAAUGUAUGUGCCCUGCUUCAGCAACAGAGAAUGAGCACUUAAACUGAACAGACAACUGCUUCACUAAUUCUGUGACAGUUUGCUGUCCUCCUUGGUUUAAACAAUCAACGCAAUGGGCCAUAGAAGUUAAGGACUAGUGUCAGCUGCCAUUUGAAAGUGUUGUGCUGUGACUUCCAACUUCCUGUAAAGUUGACCCAGAGAGGAUUGCACCCACAUUGUGAGCCUUGACAACACGUGCUGCUUGUGGAUGUUUAGAAACUCUACUUUAACCCUUUGAGGACUGCAGUGGCAUUUCUGCACCAAAACAUGAAUCACAACUGUGUUCGUUCAACAAAUCAAAGGCGGUCCCACUAAAUUUCUCGAAUUCUCCUUUCCGAAUAGUUGUGAGGUGCAGCGUUAGAAAACCAUUUCUGCAGCUGUUCUGUGACGGAAAACUUCUUUUUGAAAACUGCAAAGAGCUUGCAGUACUCAGGGUUAAAAAUAGAAUGUCGUAACAUAAAUUAAUGUGCUGGAAAGUUUUCCUUUCUUCAGUGAACUGAAGUUUGCACACUCUCAUUCUACUGUACAGCCAGGGGGCUAUUCGAAUUUCCUUCACAUGUCUAAGUUAGUGUAUUAAAAUUAGACAAAUUUAAUGAUAGAAUAUAAAUUAUAUCAAAUUUGAUAGAAUGUGAGCAAGUGGGUUGAUUUUAUUUUAAUUCCUGUUUGGAAAUCACCAUAGCCUUACUGCAUAUUAAAUUAUGUACUUGCAUGUUGUAUUUACCAAUUUGUAUAUGUGUG